GCGCAGCAGCGCCGCCGAUACUCGCCAUACCCGAAGAAGGGCGUGGCGGAGAAGUACCGGAGGAGCGGUACCAUGCACGACAUGAAGUACGCCUACCCGACAAAGUUCAACUGGUCGAAGCAGCACCACCGCAUCCGGAUGCCGCGGCCGUUGACCGACGGGUUCGACCUGGAGCUGAUGCACCCCCAGAAGGAGUGGUGGCGCGAGCGCCGGGUGGCGCCGGAGACGUUCUUCGGAUACCCCGACGUGGCGAAGUUCGACCUCCGCGGUGGCAGCCUCUACGUCGAGAAAAUGGAUUCUGUGACGUUGGCCGUGUUGGCCGACCGGUGCCUCAAGGAGAAGGUGUGGAACCCGGAGAUCUGGACGAAGUUCGCGUGGCGCGCGCAGCAGCUCGUCGCACGGACGCAGGAGCCCGACCUGUGCUACAUCUUCCGGUCGUUCUCGCGCAUG